AUGCGUCUAUUGACUGCCGGGCUUCUGCCCUCGGCGGCGCUUGCAGCAAGGGUUCUUCUUUCCGCCGGGGAUGAGGGGAUCGGUGCCAGGCGGCACGCCUUCAGUGCCAGCGUAGACGGGGCAGGGGCGGCGGCUGAAGAUCCAGCAGAGCUGCCCCCUGAGUGGCGACAGCGACUCCAGGUCUCCGACCGCCUAGCACAUGGAGGAUAUGGGACGGUGUACAAGGUCAAGAUCACAUGCGGCGAGAGCCACGGCGCUGACUUGGCCCUGAAGGUCGCCCGUCCCUCUGCUUCCGCCGAGAAGGAGGCUGCUGUCCUUCGGGAGAUGCACGGCGUCAGCGACUACUGCUCCAGCACUGUGGGAAAUCCGGACUUCAUCGACUACCGAGGCUCUCACUACAUCCUCAUGCCCUACAUGAAUCGCGGCGACUUGCACGAUUUGCUCACGCGCUGCUUCCAGUCAUCGUCCUGCCGGUGUCACGGAAGGAAGCCGAAGGGUGGAGUUCGGGAGCAACCUCUUUGCUGGGAGGCCUUGGGACCUGGAUGGAGCGAAGAUUUUGUAUUGACUUUGAUGCUCCAAGCCAUGAAAGGUGUAAGAGCUCUCCACCGUCAUCACUGGGUGCACAUGGACUUGAAGCCAGAGAAUGUGAUGCUUCACUGCGAAGGCCUCAGCUGCUAUGCGCAAGUCAUUGACCUUGGCCUUGUUUGCAAAGAGCGCUUCCACUGUAUGCUCCGUGGUACCCACGGCUAUAUAGCUCCGGAAGUUUGGCAGGGGACUCAUGUCGGCAUCCCUGCCAACGACGUGUUUUCACUCGGCGUGAUCCUCUACGUGAUCGAGACCGGGAGCCUUCCACCCUUCGGGAACGAUGAGGACGGUUCUUUGACAACGGCUUACCAUGCGGAGGAGGAUCCGAAGCUGCACAGGCCUUUCUCCCAGCAGUCCCUGGUCAAGCUGAUCACAAGAAUGCUGGAGCCGCAUCCCAGAAAGAGGAUUCGCCUCGAAGAUGCAGAGAACCGGCUGCGCGAGAUCAUCCUCAGCAAGAACUCAAGCCAGGAAAUCCUGAACAUGAUUGAGAAGACGCCCGAGAAAGCAGGCGCAAAGCCACACCUCCCUGACUGCAUUGAAGAAGCAGACGCAGGAGCCACGAAGCUCGUCACAUUCGGACGGGUGGUGGUGCUUCCGCCACUGGGCUUGGCGAUGUUUGGGGAUUACGGUUAUAUCAUGGGCAAGUUCUACAUGCCUCUUGAGUGGCUGGCCCUGAUCAUCUUGACUCUCUCCUCGGCCGCCUUUGGCUACCUUCAGGCCUACCCCGUGGGGGAGACAGCGCCACCGGCUCCCAUGGCUGCCAUGGCAGUCGUUUUGGGCUCUGCCACGGUGUCGGCCCUGGCAUCCUUGGUCACGGAGAAGAUCUUGAAAGGCGAUCGCGACCCCUUCCACAUGCAGAAGGCUGGUACCGGGGGGGAGGGGGGGAUGAGAGUGCGGAUGGGGAUCAUGACCACCAUCUUCGUCAUCAUCAUUACCAUCAUAUUCAUCACUAUCAUUGGCUUUGGAGCUGGAGUGCAGUGGAACUGUAUCACAUCCUAA